GACAGUUCCGUUAGUCUCUCUGCUUCAGUCGAAUUUGCCCCCAUUAAGUGUUUGUGAAAAUGCCUAAACCUAAAUCCACCGAUGCGCAUCCUCCUCCUCCACGUAAACACCAAUCACCACCGCGAAGAUCACCGAGACUCAUCCUCCUUCACGAAAACAACAACAAUCCCACCACUCCUAAACCUAAAUCCACAAACAAAUCUUCUAUCCAAUCAACAACCCUCACCGCUCCCUCUCUCAGAAGAUCCGCUAGAUUUUCCAAUCAAAAUUCCCUAGUCAAUGUGCACAACAAAAUCGAUGAUGCUAAACUCACUCAAUUUCCCUCCCGUAAUGACGGCGAUGAGGUAAUUGGUGUUGGAGUUGGCGGAAAACGGAAAACGAUUGUGCUAGGGUUGAAAUGCGAAUCAGGUGGAGCGAAUGAGAAAAGAAAGCGUGGUGGCGAUGAAAUUGUGGAAGAGUUGAAGAAGGAACCAGUUGAAGGUGGAGUGAAAGGGAAGAGAAAGCACCGUUGCGGUGAAAUUGCGAAAGGAUGGACUAAAGAACAAGAAUUGGCUCUGCGAAAAGCUUAUUUUACUACAAAACCUACUCCCCAUUUCUGGAAGAAUGUUGCUCAAAUGGUACCUGGGAAGUCUAAACAAGAUUGCUUUGAUAGAGUUCAUGAUGACUUCCACACACCUCCUCAAUGUCAGCCUCGAUCAAGGGCAAAGGCAAUUAACUCAUCACCCCUUCGUAAAUUCUCAAUAUCUGCAAGUAAACUUCUCAAACCUACUGAAAAGAAGUCCAGAAAAUCAAAUAUUCUCAAACCAAAAAACAUCAUUAACCAGAAGUCUAUCGAGAAUCUGUUACAGCGUCAUCUUAAAGUUGAUCAAGAUCAUAAAGGGGACAUAUUUUCUAUUCUUGAACCUAAUAUUGAUUUUUCUAUUUCUACUAAUGCUAUUCAGCCUAGUCAAAAACUUUGUACUCCAAAGCAGCAAAAAGAAAAUCAAGGAUUGCUACUAAGUUGCACCGAGAGAUCACCAUCAUCUUCAAGUCAUAAGAAGUAUCCUUCUAGAUUUAGUGUCGCACCAGGUGUUCAGGAUCUUGGUAGUCCACCUGUGCUAAAGCAAGUAAAGAACAAGGUGCAGCAUGAAAAAUAUGUCAAUCAAUUAAGAGUUAGGGACCUUAGGAGAAGAGCAGCAUCUUGCCGUGCAAAAAUGUCUGCAGUUGGAGACGGAAAUGACAUUCAGAAAAAGGAUGUUAAAGCUGCAAAAGUUGCGUUGGUUUCAGAAGCUAGAGAUGCUAUCAAUAGGUUUCAACAAUCGCAAGUCAAUCUCAUGGACAACACUUGUAGUUCUGAUGGGGACUAUGAUGGCGACAUUGGAGUUGAAUGUGAAAGUGAAUAGUUUUUUUUCGAGCUAAUUGACUGAAUUUUGUAGAUGUAAUGCAUUUAGAUUAGGCUUCUUGUAUCCCGUCCAGGCUUGAAAUAUAGAUCACAGUAGGCAAUGUGUUCACUGUUGCUCUUGAACAUGUUUUGAAGGUUCAAUGGAAUAGAAUGUGUCAUUCUUUAAGAGGCAAUGAGGCAUCAUAGUUGUUUUGGCUCAUUUUUAAUCCUACUGUAAAUAUUCCAUUUUUCUUUCAUAAUUAGAUGUAUAUUCCUUCUCCUUUUUGGAUAAGAUAAAAUGUAUGUUCCUUUGAUUUGAAUACACAACGAAACCUUAAAUAUC